AUGUAGUAGUGUUGUUUUAAACAUGAAAAGCGACUGUAACGAUGGGAAGAGAUAUGUAAAAAUGUAAUGUUUGCGUAGGGGAGCAGACAGGGGCGGUAGUGCAACACUAAGGAUGCAAGCCGCCGUAAAACUCUACAAGAAUAAGAAGAAACGGGCAGGGACCCGCAGGCCGGUCUCCCUCCGUGGCAGCAGGUGGCGCCAGUGUGCGACAGACGCAAACAUGCGUUAACUUGUUUUAUUGCGUUAACGUGGUGAUGCGGGGCAAAGAUUGAGCUUGCUGUACCUCAUUUUAAGCCGGAUUCUUUCCCUACCAGGAGCCGACUUAAGCCUCUUUUUGUACGUCCGAAGCGAUGUUUAGUGCCAGCAAGCUGAAUGUUCUAGUAAACAAGCUGCAUGAGUACUUGGCUCAUUCCAGUGCUGAGGACAGCAAUGGCCCACCAGCCUCAGAAGGUGUUAAAGGUCAAGCAAAGCCGACCCACUCUGUGCAUAACUCAACUGCACAGACUGCAACAAAGGCUGGAGUGGAUACCAAAAACUCCAGGAGAAAGCCAUCUGUUGUCAUAAAGCACUCAGGGCUGGAUGAGUCAGGGGACUCAAAUGGUAGCGAGGACUUGGAUUUACCAAUCAAUGCAAAUGGUCACCUCGAUGCAAACAGAUUACCUAAAGGCACUGCAUGGGUCAGUCCUCAACCUGUUGAUAAUGGAAGAGAUGAGUUCAGGGGCCCUGAGUUUCGCAGUCAUAAAUCCAGUGUACUGAGAAAGAGAGGAAGUGAACACACAGGAAUUGUUUGCUGCACUGCAUGUGGCCGACAAGUUAACCAUUUUCAGAGAGAUUCAUUCUAUCAGCAUCCAGUUCUGAAAGUACUUAUUUGCAAGUUUUGCUACAAGUAUUAUUCAAGUGAUGACAUCAGUAAGGAUGGAGAUGGAAUGGAUGAGCAAUGCAGAUGGUGUGCUGAAGGAGGCAACUUGAUCUGUUGUGACUUCUGUAGUAACGCUUUCUGCAAGAAGUGCAUUCUUCGAAAUUUAGGAAGGAAGGAGCUGUCUGGCAUCUUGGAGAGCAAAUGGUACUGUUACGUGUGUAGCCCAGAACCCCUUUUGGACCUUGUGACAUCUUGCGACAGCAUUCUGGAGCAGAUGGAGAGUCUGUGGCAGCAGCAGCGCAAGAGGAUCCGAGUAGAGCCAGAGAAAGCUGGACUUGAAGACACAUUGCCAGAAGUACCACAAAAUAUUUCUUUGGAUAAAUGGGAUCACACCGGUAUGGAUGGUAGUGUAGUGUUCAACUAUAGCACACUGCAGAUUUCUAAGGACAUUACUAAAAAGGUCAAACAUUUAGUGGACUCAGCAAAUUCUUUAAACCGGAUAUUUGUUGGUUUUAUUGAAACUGUAACAAACAAACGAACUAUAGGCAAUCGCCACCAGUAUCUGAAGUCUUUUCUGGCUGUUGUGAAAGGUCUGAGAAAAUCACUCACUGCACUUGAAGACAACCUCAAAGAGGAAUUCAGUGACUUGGAUGUUUUGAACUGUUGGGAAAAGUUCUAUAGUGAUGAUUUAAAUACGCAAACUGUAAGAGAAGCAGAAAAUGAACUGGACGCAUCUGAUGAAAGAUGUUUACGAGACUUGCAGAACCUGGCAAGUGAACAUUUUCAAGAUGAGGACUCUGACUCCAAGGGCAUUACAGAUGUGAUUAAUACAACACCACAAAAGAUAAGCAUGAAGCUCUCUGAAAGCGGUCUCCACAUGACUAAAAAACUAGUAGUAAAACUUACACCUGUACCUGUGGAACAGAAGCCUUUGUCUGUCCUCAAGGUGGAGGAGAACACAAAAGAUGAAAGGUCUGAUGGAAAAGUUGCACCAGAAAACAAAGACACACAUGUAUGUGCAAAAGCUGACAGCAAAAGCAAUGAUACCUCUAUUGGAUCCGUACACACAGAAGAGGAACAAAGGAAUCGACGGUCUCCUCGUGUGAAGACAACACCUCUGCGUCGACCAAGUGAUAUCAAGGCCAAAACAUCUCUCUCAGCAGCAGACAGCGAUUGUGACUCCGAUAUGGAGGAAAUCCCCAACACAGUAUCAGCUAAAAACCGGGAAGAGCAAAAUCUGAGCAGAGCGAGAGCAGACUCUGACUCCGAUGAAGUUCCUGCUGCUCUGCUUGAGCGAGCAGCUCUGACACAGAGCUCCGAUGAAGGCAACAGUGACGAUAAUGGUGGAGAAGCAUCCUCCAUGGUGGCCAAGAAGUGUCUUUUUUGGCUGACUAAAAACUCCCCAGUUUCACAGGAAAGAACGCGCCGCAAACGCAAGAUGUUAGACCGCUCGCCUACGUCCGAAAGGAGCGCCAAAACCCGAAGGGAAAGCGAGACAGGAUCAUCUAGUGACAACGAGGAGAAGAAUAUUGAAGAUUUAAAGUUGGUGAGAUCAGAAGGAAAGCCUGAUUUUAUUAAAAGAGAGAAGGAAGGCAUGGAUGGAAAACAGAGGAAGAUGCUGUCCUGGAAGUCCAAGACGAAAUCUUGUCAGAAAACAGUGGAGUCGUCCUCCUCAUCAAGCGAAGCUGAACAUGACCAUGACUCGGAGAGUGAUACAAGUGAUCAGAAGAUGAAGCCAAUCACUGAACAUCUGAGCUUACUAGGGGCUGCAACAUUCCACCAGUCAUCAGGAGAUGAAGAGCAGUCUGGCCCCUCGUGGGCAGCAGCGGAAGAUGAUGAUGAUCCAGAAAAUAGAAUCGCUAAGAAAUUGCUUUUGGCCCAAAUCAAAGCAUACUACUCCUCGAGUGAUGAAAUCUCUUCGGAGGAACAAACACAGGUGGAUGAAUCUGAAUCGGAGAGCGAUAAGAAGCAACAAGCAGAUGAAGGUAGUGAAUCAGAUGGUGACGAGGAAGAUAUGACUUCAAAUUCUUCCAACUUGUCUGAUGGCCACAACGCCAGGCACCACCUGCUCAAACACAAACUCGCCUUAAAUGAGGGAACAGCAGGCGACGAGGCUGCAGGAAAGCAGAAAAGCAGGAGGCGAUCCAGAAGCAGGCAACUGAGCUCUGACAGUGGAAGCGAAUCUGAGGCCGAGGACACUGCACUGAGCGCUGGCGGCAUGAGCGAGGAGCUAAGUCAAUCAGAGGAUGAGAAGGCCCAAAGCUCCAGAUUAAAAUCAUCACAUAGUGAAACGCAGAAGAAUCAAGUACCCUGUAUUUGGCUGUCUGACUCCAACAGUGAAAAGGAGCAGAGCGAUCAGGAGAACGGUGACAGCAAAGGAACCCCUAAAGGACGCAAAAAGAUCCGCAAAAUCAUCGAAGACGUGCACCUGCGCGCAGAGACCCAGGAAGCUCUGAGAGAGGAGGAGGAGCGGUGCAAGCGGCUGGCAGACAGGGAGCAGCACAUGGAGGACAGGCGAGAGAUAAUCGUUAUACCAGAUGGGAUGUGUCCCAUCACCACCAAACUGGUCCUGGACCAUGACGAGGACACCAAAGCGCCUCUGGUGCAGGUUCACAGGAACCUGGUGACCAACCUGAAGCCUCACCAGGUGGACGGUGUUCAGUUCAUCUGGGACAGCUGCUGUGAGUCUGUAAAGAAAGCCAACACCACUCCUGGAUCGGGCUGCAUCCUGGCGCACUGCAUGGGCCUAGGGAAAACACUGCAGGUGGUAGCGUUCCUCCACACGGUGCUGCUGUCAGAGAACCUGAAGUUCAGAACGGCUCUGGUCGUGUGUCCACUGAACACCAUCCUCAACUGGGUCAGCGAGUUCAAGAAGUGGCAAAAAAACACAGGAGAGGACAAAGUGAAGGUCACAGAACUGGCUACAAUAAAGCAUUUUCGCGAACGAAUGCUGGCUCUGCAUGCGUGGCAGAGAGACGGAGGCAUCAUGAUAAUGGGGUAUGAGAUGUUCCGCAUCCUGUCACUGGCUCAUAAGGUCAACACCGAGGAGUGUAAGAAGGCGUUAAAGAGCAUGUUGGUGGAUCCAGGUCCGGACUUUGUGAUUUGCGAUGAGGGACACAUCCUCCGCAACGACGCCACAAAUAUCUCCAAAGCAAUGAGUGCAAUCAAGACCCGACGAAGAGUGGUGCUCACGGGCACGCCUCUGCAAAACAACCUGAUUGAGUACCACUGCAUGGUUAAUUUCAUCAAGAGGAAUCUUCUGGGCUCGCUGGGCGAAUUCCGAAACCGCUUCAUCAACCCCAUACAGAACGGGCAGUGCGCCGACUCCACUCCGAGGGAUGUGCGAAUCAUGAAGAAGCGAGCGCACGUGCUGCACGCGGUGCUGGCCGGGUGUGUGCAGAGGAGAGACUACUCUGAACUGACCCAGUUUCUGCCUCCCAAAUACGAGUAUGUGAUGGCUGUGAGGGUUUCUCCGCUUCAGUAUAAGUUGUAUCGCUACUAUCUUGACCACAUUCACGGUGUGGAUUCAGCGAACAACACCCUGAAGACGAGGACUGCAGCAAAUCUGUUUAAAGACUUUCAGGUACUGAGUCGAAUUUGGACUCAUCCCUGGUGCCUUCAGCUCCACUACAUGAGCAAAGUAAAAAAGGGGAAAUUGAAGGCAGCGCCUGUCCUGAAAAACAAAGACACCACUGAGAGUGGACUGCAGGGGAAUGAAGGAAAAGAAGGGAAUAAUUCUACCAACAUUUCAAUGGUUAUCGCUGAUUCGUCCAAAGAUGCUUCCCCAGUGGAAGGGGCGAAAACAGCCAACGGCUCAAUGAGUUCUGAUGAAGGCUGGUACAAGAAUCUUCUGUCCAAAGGAGACGCCGCAACCAUUGAGCACUCAGGAAAGAUGGUGCUGCUGUUUGAAAUCCUCAGAAUGUCUGAAGACCUGGGAGAUAAAGUGCUUGUGUUCAGUCAGUCAUUGACCUCAUUGGACCUAAUUGAAUAUUUCCUUGGGGCAUCGCACCGCAACAGAGAGCCAUUAACAUCCUCUAAAGAGGGCAGCUGGAUUAAAGACAUCGACUACUAUCGUCUGGAUGGCUCCACCAAUGCUACGCUGAGGAAGAAAUGGACGGAUAUGUUCAACAAUGCUGACAAUGUCCGCGGGCGAUUGUUUCUCAUCUCAACAAGAGCCGGCUCUCUGGGCAUCAACCUUGUGUCUGCCAACAGGGUGGUGAUCUUUGACGCCUCAUGGAACCCUUCUUAUGACAUACAGAGCAUAUACAGGGUUUACCGCUUCGGUCAGAAUAAACAAGUGUUUGUGUACCGCUUUCUGGCUCAGGGAACCAUGGAGGAGAAGAUCUAUGACCGUCAGGUGACCAAGCAGUCUUUGUCCUAUCGAGUGGUGGACCAGCAGCAGAUUGAGAGGCACUUCACCCUGUCUGAACUGACGGAGCUUUACUCUUUUGAGCCGGACCUGUUGGAUGACCCAAACGCUAAGAAAAGCAAGCGAGUCACUCCUGCUUUGCCAAAGGAUGCCGUCCUGAUGCAGUUAUUAGAAACGUGCAAAGAUCAGAUAGUGUCGUAUCACGAGCAUGAAUCUCUGCUGGACCAUAAACAAGAGGAGGAGCUCAGUGAAGCUGAACGCAAGGAUGCCUGGGCUGAGUAUGAGGCUGAGUCCAACACAGCUAAAAAUUCAGUCAGCAUGAGCCCGGACUCCUUGAAUACAAAGCCCAAUGAGCUGCUUCUGGAAUUGCUCAACAAGACCAGAGCAAAUGCAUCAGAGGCCUUCCUGUCAAUGCAGAAGAUUAGGUCUCACACAAUUGAGGAAUACAAGUUCCAAUUGAAACAACAGUAUCCUUACCUGCGUGAUGAGGAGGUUCAGAACAAGGCUCAGACUUGGAAAACUUGUGACGAGAAGGAUCAAGAACGGAAACGGGCCUUAUAUCAAGAGGUUCUUAGGCAGCAGCAGUUGCUCACGCUGCACAUUCAGACGAUACUGAACACGAGAAGAAACCAACAGAUGCAGACUGUGCAGCCUCCAGUGACCACCGUGGUCCUUGCGGCCUUAAACCAGCCUGGACAGACGUGAGCCUGAUGAAGUGGAAGUUUACACUUGUGACCUUAUUUGACCUAUCAAUCGCUGAACUGGUACAUUGAAGGUAUAUUUAGAAUGUAACACUUGAGAGCUCUGUCACUUUAGUGCUAAGUAUUACAUUAAGCAGGUUUUGUUUUAUAACAUUGAGCACUCGAAAAAACAAUAUUUCAAUGCUUCUGCUAAAACUGAAUAAUUCUUCAGCUUCUUUUUACUAAAAACAUUAUCAAAACUAUAUUUGUAUAAUGGUUAACUAGAGUGUGCCUUUAUAAGUGCUUUUCCACCUAUUAUUUAUAUGUUGAAUGUUUAUUACAUGUUGCCAUAUAAUAAAAAUAAAUCAUUGAAAUGGA